AUGAACUUACGAAUGCAAGGCUGCGCUACCUCCGUCAAGCGCUCCGCCAUUGGCGUACCAGGCGAGAAGGCCGUUGACUCCUCCGUCGAAGCACAGUCUGUCACAGUGGUUACAGAUGAUGGCGUGACCUUCAAGGCCAUCUCCCAAGCGAUUCAGGCAUCAGGAAAGGAGGUGCAAGGUGGAGAGGUGAUAUCGGAUGGAGAAGAAAACAAAGCAAACUAGGUCGACAUUGGCAGAACAUGGAGAAUGUUAGGAGGCGAAAAGACCAUUUUCAGUGCUACGUAUCUAUGGCUGGAAAGCUUGAGAGACUGGAAACCUCCUGUCGAGCAGCAAGCAUGGAAGAUCUGCGGACUGGGGUACUCUGAGUGGAUACUGCCUACUGGGGGACGAUCAACGUGCGGACCUAGAUCUUGUUGAGACGACUUCAAAACACCCCGAAGCAACCGAUAUAAGGAAUACUUCACAAUCGUUUGACUACAACAUUGGACUGACUGUAUGCUGAAUGAAUUUCCA